CUUUCCCUUGUGUAAAUUAUAAACCAGAGAAACCAACAAUGGCUGGUGCUACUUGCUUUACCUCUCUUCUUUUGAUAAUUUCUUCUCUUUUUUUAGCUUACCAUGUCAGUGCCUCAGAGGUAGAGCUAGACUACUCCUCUGUUCCUGUCGUGAAAGGACUCUCGUGGGAAUUUUACGACUCUAGCUGCCCUAAGCUUGAGUCGGUUGUCAGAAAGCACCUGAAGAAGGUCUUCAAAGAGAACAUCGGCCUGGCUGCCGCCUUGCUUCGCGUCCACUUCCAUGACUGCUUCGUUCAGGGAUGUGAUGCUUCGUUGUUGCUUCAUGGAUCAACCAGUGGACCAACUGAGCAGGAUGCGCCACCCAACCUUACCUUGAGGCCCGAGGGAUUUGAGGUCAUCAACGAUCUCCGUGAGCUCGUCCACGACAAGUGUGGAAAAGUUGUCUCUUGCGCUGAUAUCACUGCCCUUGCAGCGCGUGACGCUGUUUUUCUGUCAGGAGGUCCCGACUACAAUGUGCCACUAGGAAGGAAGGAUGGUCUGACCUUCGCUACAAGGGAUGCAACAUUGGCCAAUCUUCCCUCACCCUCAAGCAACACUAGUGUCCUUCUCACCUCUUUGGCCACCAAAAACUUGGAUGCCACUGAUCUGGUAGCUCUGUCCGGCGGCCACACAAUCGGUCUUAGCCACUGCGCUGCUUUUGUUGAGCGGCUCUACCCGACUCAAGACCCUACUCUCGAUAAAACUUAUGCCAAAAACCUAAAACAAGUUUGUCCCACGGAAGAUUCCAACGACACCACCGUGAUGGAUAUCCGGUCGCCCAACAAGUUUGAUAAUAAGUACUAUGUUGACCUCAUGAAUCGCCAAGUCUUAUUGACAUCCGACCAAGACUUGUACACGGACAGCAGGACAAAGAGCAUCGUCACUAGCUUUGCUAUCGAUGAGGAUCUGUUCUUCGAGGAGUUCGCCAAGUCCAUGAUUAAAAUGGGACAAUUGAGCGUGUUGACGGGAAAGCAUGGGGAGAUUCGUGCCAAUUGCUCCGUGAGGAAUUCUGAUAAUAUCAAAUUGGCAUCUGUGGUGGAAGAUGAUCAGGAGAGUGCAUCUGAAUUAUGAGGCUGGUUGUGAUCAAUAUUUCGUGGCCUAGCUAGUUCACAUAUGUAUUAUAUAUCCUUUCUUUUUUUUCCUCUCUUUUGUGGGAGGAAUGUUUGUGUGUUUGAAUUUUGAAACCUAGCUUAAUUGCUUGUUUAUUAUGUUACAACUCUAAUAAAUAGCUAGCUUCGAUCCCCUCUAA